UGUCAAACUAAAUACGAAGCGCUGCAAGCAAUUCUUCUUUUUCACAAUCCUACAUCUUUUGUUAAAAAGAAAAUUAUUUAAUUUUAUUAAAAUAAAUAAACAUUUUAUAAUAUUCAACUAAUAAAAUGGGUGAUGCUGAUCUUGAUGCAAUCCGCCAACAAAGAAUGGCUCAACUUCAAUCUCAAUAUGGUGGCGGUGGCAAUGACCCAGAGAAACAGAAGCAACAACAAGAACAGAUGCGACAGCAGGAAGAUAUGAAGAAUUCGAUCCUUUCCCAAGUUCUCGACCAACAAGCCAGAGCUAGAUUAAAUACCUUGAAACUCAGUAAACCAGAGAAAGCCCAGAUAUUCGAGAAUAUGGUCAUUCGCAUGGCGCAGAUGGGCCAAAUAAUGGGCAAACUUGACGACGCUCAGUUCGUCUCGAUUCUGGAAAAAGUCAACUCCCAAAUGCCGCAAAGCACAUCCACAGUGAAAUACGACCGCCGGAGAGCUGCCAUCGAUUCUGACGACGACGAUGACUACGGCUGCUGAUUGCUACUUAACCCUCUGUCUCUGCCUCAUAGGAUCAAUCCCCAAUCCAGUUUGUCAUCACGAAGGAAAGGAAAAAAGUUUCAUCUCAUUCUUUGGCUUUCUUCUUUUUAGUUUAGUUCUUUUUUUUUUGUUUAAUUAACACAACAUUGAGAUAUUUUUCAAAAUAAUUUAAUAA